UUGGUUGUGUGACAAAGAACACAUACGUUUUAGAGCCAUACCAGAUUGUUUUCUUUUAGGUUCUGUUUUUUUUAUCAUUAAGGAUUAUGGAGGACAGUGAUGACAGUGAUGCCAAGCUCAGAGAAGAAAUAGAAGCCGAAUUGGAUAAAAUCAGCAUCUCUUCCUUGGAAAUUAAUGAGGCUGAAAACGAUUCAGAGUCAGAAACUCAGAGUGACAGCAGUGAUACUGAUUUAAUUGAAUUGCCAGAGUCAGUUCUUCAGUGUAUCAGCGUUAUAAAGAACAAGAGUAAAACUGCUGAGGAGCUCAUUCUUCAGGACUUAGAAGAAGACACAGAUGGCUCCAGUUGCAUUUCUGGCACAGUACCUAACAGCCAUAUGCAUUUGAGGAUCGGAUCAUCAACGGAAUCUAAAGCAAAUGCUGAGCGAUUAAUGAAGAUAUUAUCUGCAAUUGAAAAGGAAGAGUUUAUGAGAAAUCUAACUCAUUCUGCCAAGUCUGAUUCUGUUCCUGAGCCUGUUACUCUUGAUACACCCAUGGAUGAAUGUAUUUUAUCAGAUGAUGCUGAUUUGAGUUUUGAAUACUUUGAAGUAGAAGAAAGAUGUAGAAAGUCUUUUGAAGCUUGGCAGGACAAACAAAAAGAACUAGAAGAAAAAGACAAAGAAACUCUCGAAGUGCAGAGUGAUUUGGAAAAACAGAAAUUUCAAGAAGAAGAUGAAAAGAGACAUUUCUGGAUAAAGCAGUUUGAAGUUGAAAAGAAAAAAUUAGAAAAUCUUCAGAAGCAAGACCAGGACAAAAUGAAUGAUGAACUCUAUAAAGAAGAGAAGAUAUGGAAAGAGAAAUAUAGAGAGCAUGAGGAACUUAUUAGAAACAUGCAUUUACAAAUGGAGGAGGAAAGAACAAGAUUAUGUGAGUUGCAAGAAAAAGAAAAAGCACGUUUGCUAAACUUGCAACAUAAUGCAGCUGUAAAAAUUCAAGCUAAAUACAAAGCAUUGGUAACUUACCGAAAAUAUAGCCCCAUCAUAAGAGAGCAAAUAGAAAAUAAGAAAAGAAAAGCACAGGAGCGGAAAGAGAGGGAAGCGAAGAUCCGACAGAAGGAGGAAGAAAGAAGACGAAGAAUUAAAGAGGAGCAGAAGAUGGAGGAGGAAAGGAAGAAGAAGAUGCUGGAAGAGAGGAGAAGGCGAGAAAGGGAAUAUGAAGAGAAAAAGAGCCUCCUGAGACGAGAAAGAGAAGAGCAACGGAACAAGGAGAAAAUGAGACAGAGCGAAGAUGCCCACCAACUGCUAACCAUUAACUGCACUUUAAAGAAGGGAAAGUGCCAUGGCAAGCAGCAGGCUGCAGGAAAUAAGUCACAGAGUAAGGCUGAUAUAGCUGAAGAGUUAGUGGACACCAGCUCAGAGAAGACAGAAGAUGCUUGUCUAGUUCAGCAAUCCAACAAGAGGAAAAAUGGGCGCACACAGCACAAACAGCUUACAUUAAAGGAAUCAAUAGGAGUAAAAUUAACACCAAGCCAGGCAAUUUUGGCAGAAUUAAAAAUUAAUGAAAAUAUACCAAAUCUGAAAGUGACUGAAAACAGUGAGAAUUUAUCAAAUAAGCAAUGUUCAGAAAAAUUAGCUAACCAAGAAAUUGACUUCAAAAACACAGACCAGAGAGGGGAAUGGAAAAACUCAGACCUAAAGGAAAAUGUGACUCAAGAGUGCCAGAGACAUGAACUAAAGUCUCAAAAUCACAAAGAGGAAACCGUAAUGCAUGACACAAAGGAGAAUGCAGGGCAAAAAACCCCAAAAGUGUUUGCAUUCAAUCAAGAAAUGAGUGAAGAGGACAAAAAUGAAAGACAGGAAAUCAAACAUAAUCAAGAGAGAUUGGCUGAAAAGAUAAAGAAAAUGGAGAUCACACAGCAGGAGAGUUCACUGUAUGGGGAGAAUAAUACUUCAUCUGUUUCCACACAAAAAGACCCACCCUCACUAAUAUUAGAAAAUCCUGCAUGUGCAGAAAGAAAUAUAAUACUAGAAGACAAAGAGAUUGAUGUAAAAUCAAAAAGAAUUGAGGAAUUGCCAGAAGACAGUGUGCUAACUGGUGAUGCUGUGGUCCUUAACUCAGAUGCCUCGGUGAUUACAGGAGAAGGCAGGAGAGACCAGCCGGGGCCUGUCUCGGGCGCACUUGCUUCCAGUUCAGAGGCUGGCAGUCACAGUGCAAAUAGCCCCUUGCUCACUGAAGAAGGAGAGGGCAUACCUAAAUGUGAGAGUAGAGAAAGCCCGGAACAAUGGGAGCCAAAGAAGUCUGAAAGCGACAGUGUCCUGGCUUGCUCUGUUUCACAGAGAGCAGUUUUAUCUUCAGUUGAGGAAAGGAGACUAGCUUGGAUAAAAUCAUCUAAACCUUGGUCCGAAAUCUUUGAACAAAAUCAACUCAAGAAAAUCAUUAAAAAAAAGAGACUUGUGAAAUGUCCAGCAAAUACAAUGCCUCCUUUGGAUUCCUCAGCCAUUCUUCAGCAUGGCCCUUGGGAUACAUUACAGCAGGUUAAAGACGUUACGUUUCAGGAUUUGCCUGGCUGUAGUCUCUCCACACUAGCAGACUACUCAAGUCUUCAGCUCCUGUGUCUCCGACGCUGUGGCUUAACUUCCUUGCACAGCCUGAGCCACUGCAAAAACCUUAAGUACGUCGAUGUGCAGGAAAACCACAUUGAGACCAUCAAUUGUGAAAACUUGGAAAAUCUCUGUGUUGUUCUUCUUAAUAAAAACCUGCUGACUUCUAUUCAUGGUUUCGAUGGAUGCACCAACAUCCAAAGCCUUGAACUUUCACAUAAUAAGAUCACUCGAAUCAGUGGUUUAGAAUCUUUGAAAUAUCUUCAGCAACUAACUGUGGACCAUAAUCAGUUAAUUAGCACUAAAGGUCUUUGUGAAGCACCCACCAUCAUAUACCUGGAUUGCUCACAUAAUCAUCUUACUGAUGUUGAUGGCAUCGGAAAUUGUGGAUUGCUCCAAAUAAUAAAGUUGCAGGGAAAUUAUCUAAGAGAGCCUCCAUCCUUAAGAAAUCAUGUUCUGCUUAGAGAACUGCACUUGGAUGACAACAGCAUCUCAAGCAUGGAAGUGCUCUCUUCUUGUUGGCUGCCUUUACUACAAGCCCUAAGUAUCUCUCAAAACAGUUUAACAACAAUUGUACCACUUUUUCAUUUUGUGUCUUUGGAAAAACUAGAUGUCAGGAACAAUUGUCUUUCUGAUCUGACAAGUAUCCUGUGUUGGUUCAAUGCAUGCUACUCUCUCCGUGAACUUUCUCUUACCGGAAACCCAGUACUCCAAGAAAUAAACUGGAGGGAUUCUGUAUUGAACACAUUACCUGCUCUGAGAAUCCUCAAUGGUGACAUACUGAACUCUUGCUCUGACAUCCAUAUUGAGGAACAUUGUCAUCAGGACCUAAGAUGUUUCUUGGCACUUUGUCAAUACCAACUUCAAGAGUUCAGUUUAUUAACUGACAAGUAUAUCACACAGAAGGGGGAGCGUCUCACCUUGCAUGCUGCAGACAAACUCUCUCACUACUACAAAAACUUAAUGAAACUCAGUAAUGAAUGCAGGCGUGCCCAUGAACAUGGGGCUGUAAAUAUCCUGAAGAGGGCCGAGCCAGAAGUGGAGGAAAAAAAUCCAGCCUUCUCAAACACUGACAGCAUGCUGCAAAAUGAGGUCUUUCAUUCUUGGACUAAUAAUUAUAAACUAGAUUCACCAGAUAGUUCUGAGAAGCUGACAGACUCUGGCUCCAGACCCUCCCCACUGAACCAGGAGGAACUGGAAGAAAGAAAUCAGGAAACCCUUAUGGCACAGCAGAAGGAACACAGCAGGACAAACAGUCUCUCCAUCAGAAGAGCCUCAUUCAUAGAACCAAAGAUGGAAAAUUCUCUAAUGAGUAGUCAUCAGCAUGCUGAACAAAGUGAACCAGUUAAGGCAGCUGUUCUAAUCCAAGCCCAAUGGCGUAGCUACAUUGCACGCAGACAGAUUAAGUGCUCUGCAAAAAUGCAUCCUACGGCAAGAGAACCCCUGCAUAAUCCCUUCCUCAGUAACCGGACUACUUCAAAUAAAGAAAGAAGAAAAAAUAUUAUGAGUAGCCGAGAACAGAGGGAGAAAGCUGCUCUUCAGAUUCAGGCAGUUUGGAAGGGCUUUAUUUUACGGAAGAAACUGCUGUCUGCCCUAGAGGCUAUCAGAAAUGAAGAAUCUGGAGAAGAAUACGAGGAAAUAGAUUUAGAGGAGUUUGCAUUUGAUGAGGGUGUCUUGGAGAAAGACUGGCCAGCUUUAGAUUCCACCAGCUUCCCUUCACAAACACUGCCUCUCUCCAACCAGCUGCCCUGGCCAAAGACCUCUCGGACUCUGAGACACGAUGAACCCUCACUUCCCGUGCCAGCCCGUCCAGCUCCAGCAUGGCUAAGCAGUGAGAAAGAAACUGUGUUUUCACCAACACACACACAGUUAAGUAGCAGAUCAGAAAACAGAACUUUAUCCUGGACAACUGAAUCAAAGACAAGUAGGAAGAGUUUACUGCAAUCUGAGAAAGAAGAAAAAAUUUCAGAAGAAUGGGGCUUUAAGGAUAUCUCCACAGCUCAGCAAAUGCUAAAGAGAGCACAGAAAAUGAAAUCAAAAAAAUUAAAGAAAAACUUAGAACCUUCUGUUCGACUAGCAUUAUUCAAAAAAAACAGAAAUAAAGUUUCUGUUACAAAGUCAUCAAAGAAGACACAGCUCAGGAGAGAUGGUUACUUUGAAGAUGAAGAGGAAGAUGCACUCUCCAAGGCAACCACUGCAAGUGAAAAGUUAGAAAGGAGUAAGGAGUACACCUACCAGUGGCUUCAUACACAAGUUGGCUUUCCUGAAGCAACGAGUUCCAGAAACCUGAAAUGCCAUCACUUCUUGCCUGAGCUAGAUCCAGAUGUGCUUAAUGGCGGAAGAGUUCAGCUUGUGGCAAGGCUUGUAAGCAGAGAAGACACGGAUUUAGACCUUUUUUCCACAACCAGUGGAAGUGUUUUGUCUGUGAACAAAGAAAAAAAGAGCCAGUCACACAGAUUCUCAACGGGAUCCUCAAGUAAGCUAUGGUUUCCUUCAGAAAUAAUUUAGAAAUCACAGAUGAAUUGAUGGAAGCUAAUGCCAGCAAGCAUUCUUUUACAGAUAGGGGGUAGGGUGCCAGCCACCAGUGCUACCCACAAAGUGGCUUUGACCUCUUUUCUUCCUUUACAUGUCUUCUUUGAUAUAGACCAAAUUAAAUUAUAUGUAAAAUUAACGGCAUCAGUAUUCCUUUAAUUAUACUAUGUAAACCAAGGUUUUUCUCUCCGCCACUCUCCUGAGCAUAUUGAAUUCUUUGAUCUUUUAUCUGAAGAGUUUUAGGAUAACUUUUAAAAGUUAAGCUUGCAUGUUAAAAAAGAGAAUUUGAGCUUUUCCAUUAAUAAAUGUUGUAGAGAAAAUUACUUUUUAAAGAAAAUUUCAAUGUAGCAGAAUUUUACAAGAUAGAAGGUUAAAUGAAUAUGAUUUCUAAAAGUUCGCUGUUACAGAUGAACUUACUGUCAUACC